AUUCAUGCAGCUACCGGUCCUCGAUCGACCGGUUAGCUGAGCACUGUAUUCAUAACGUCAUCUCGGCGCACCCACGAACAUAGGAAAGAGGACCUUGGCAAAACGGAGGAACGAGUUCUUGACGACUGAAAUCAAUCAUGUCUGCAGCGCAGCCGGGGGACUCGGGCUCCCGACCAGUUGUCGGCACCAAGAUCCAUUCGCACAGGCGAUCAACAGACGACGAAAGAACCGACGCCGGCGAUUCUGACCCGGAAAAAUCGGAUGAUGCCAAUACCUAUGCGCCAAUCAAUGUCACGCCAUCUGCAAAUGACGGGCGAAUGCAGAGGCUUCAUUCAACUUCAUCCCGACCUAUUGAGCGCAGUUGGUCUCUCAAUGACGGUUAUAGCUGCCAUACUGCCGAUGAAGAGGCAGGGGCCCAUCUUCCGGACGAAGCACAGGGCGAGGAUACCGAUGAGUCCUCGGCUUUUGUUGUUGCAUGGGACGAGAAUGACCCCAUGAACCCUCGCAAUUUUAACACCUUCAGGCGGUGGAUAAUCGUCAUCAUCUGUUCGAUGGGCUCCUUAUGCGUGACCUGUACUUCCUCUAUGUAUACGGUCACCUAUGAUCAAAUAACGCAGGAAUUCAAUUGUUCCCGGUUGGUUGCAACGCUAGGAUUGUCGUUUUUCAUAUUUGGCCUGGCGGUUGGGCCCUUAUUUCUUGGGCCCUUAUCAGAGUUCUACGGUCGAAGAUACAUCUAUAUCAUCUCGUUCACAUUUUUCUUGAUUUGGCUGAUUCCGUGUGCCGUGGCUCAGAAUAUCGAGACAAUGAUUGUGUGCCGUUUUUUUAACGGUAUUGCGGGAAGCGCAUUUCUGAGUGUUGCCGGCGGUACAGUGGGCGAUCUCUUUGCUCGUCAUGAGCUUAGUGCACCGAUGAUGCUCUAUACAGCGUCGCCUUUUGUUGGCCCUGAAGUUGGGCCAUUAGUGGGUGGAUUUAUAAACCAGUAUACCACAUGGCGCUGGACUUUCUAUGUGCUUCUCAUUUGGACGGGUUUAUUACUUAUCUCGAUCAUUGCUCUUGUCCCUGAAACCUAUCAUCCCGUACUCUUGAGACGCAAGGCGCGACAAAUGCGCAAGGAAACAGGGGAUGACCGCUGGAAAGCUCCAAUCGAAAGGUUGAAUCGCUCAGUGGCACAGACGGUUCUGCGGUCCACCUACCGGCCCAUGCUGCUUCUUACACUAGAGCCCAUGUGCUUGAACCUUUGUAUAUUUUCCGCCAUCCUUUUAGGCAUCCUCUAUCUCUUCUUCGGCGCCUUUCAAUUGGUAUUUGGCAACGUGUAUGGCUUUGAGCUAUGGCAGCGGGGUCUUUGUUUUCUUGGUCUAUUUGUGGGGAUGCUCUUUGCUAUCCUGUCUGACCCGUUGUGGCGACGCAUUUACCAGCGCCUGGAGAAGAAUCAUGAAAGGGCAGUUGGGAAGGCUGACGACUUCCAGCCGGAGUGGCGGCUUCCCCCAGCGAUCCUUGGCGGACCGCUCGUGACCAUAGGCCUGUUCAUCUUUGCUUGGACGAUUUAUCCCCAUGUGCAUUGGAUUGCACCUAUCAUCGGGAGUGCGUUUUUUGGAGCCGGCACGAUCCUGGUAUAUUCGGGCAUUUUCACCUUUCUGGUUGAUGCAUAUCCGACAUUUGCGGCCAGUGCUCUGGCAGCAAACAGUUUUGCUCGUUCGCUGUUUGGUGGGAUAUUUCCCUUGUUUGGAAUACAAAUGUAUAACCGAUUGGGAUACCACUGGGCAACUUCGUUGCUCGCUUUUCUGACCCUGGCCAUGACACCGUUUCCGUGAGUUACCCCGUUGUAACAACUCAACCUCUCCCUUUUCUCUUGCCAGUCGGGUACGAAGGACGAGGGACUG